AUAACCACUUGGAUGUUGGGGAAGGUUUUAUUAGGUAAGUCCGCUAGUGGAUGCUCGUGCUCAUGCUUUCACUUUCACUUUCACUCUCCUCUACAUUACCAUUCCCAAAAUCAAAAGCAGCAGAACAGAGCAGAGCGGCGGCUAUCUGCCUCGCUGUAUCUAUUCUCCACUGAUUUCUAUCGCUCUCUAUCCAAAAUAUGGUUGGACCACCGAGGCCUCAAUUUGUGCUGUUUGGAUCGUCAAUAGUUCAGUUCAGCUACAGCAACCAUGGAUGGGGCGCUAUUCUCACCGACUUGUACGCUCGCAAGGCAGAUAUAUUGUUGCGAGGAUACUCAGGUUGGAAUUCAAGACGAGCUCUGCAGGUUUUGGAUCAAGUUUUUCCAAAGGAUGCUGCUGUACAACCUUCACUGGUGAUAGUCUAUUUUGGAGGUAAUGACUCGAUCCACCCUCAUCCAACUGGCCUUGGCCCUCACGUACCGCUUCCUGAAUAUAUCGAUAACAUGAGGAAGAUCGCUAUACAUCUCCAGAGCCUUUCAGAGAAGACUCGAGUUAUCUUUCUGAGUGCUCCUCCUGUGAAUGAGGAGCAAAUUGGCAAAACCCUGAGUGAUAAAUUCAAUAUGGUUCGAACAAAUGAAAGCUGCAGAAUAUAUUCAGAAGCUUGUCUAGAGCUGUGCCAUAGUAUGAACGUGAGGGCAAUUGAUCUUUGGACUGCAAUGCAGCAAAUAGAUGAUUGGAUGAACGUUUGCUUUACGGAUGGAAUCCAUUUUUCUGCCGAGGGUAGCAAGAUUGUUGUAAAGGAGAUCGUGAAGGUUAUUGAAGAGGCUAACUGGGAACCAAGUCUACAUUGGAAAGCAAUGCCUACUGAAUUCGCAGAGGACUCACCUUAUGAUCCAGUUAAUCAGGAUGGGGCCACUGUGAACGUCUCAGAAUCAGACUUCCACAGAACCAUAGAAUGGGAUGAACCCUAGUAACCACUCGUUUCUUUAUUCAGGCAUAUGAACUGCAGAGCCCUUAUCGUCAAGUCCUGCUCUUUAAUCAUUGGAAUCAAAGCUUAUUUGGAAUAAUACUACAAAUAUACAUUUAUAAUUUUACAAAGCAGGAGAGAAUGGCAAGGCGCAUAAUCCUCUAGUCAAUAUUGUCAAAAACUUGCAUUGUUGCAAACAUUGCAGGGAAAUAAUAUCUUUUUGGACAAACUA